AUGUCUAGAGAAGAUCCAAUAAAAGCCGAAAAGGAUUUUUCAGCAACAUUAGAUGAACAAUUCCCAAUCAUAGAAAAAAUCCCAAAUUAUAAAGAACAAAUUGAUAAAUAUUUAGUAUUAGAAAAACAAACUCGUCAAUCAUCAGAUUUAUCAAGUUCAAAAAGAAUUUUGGAAAGAUUAGUAAAUGUAUUAGUUUCAAAUGGAGAUUGGAAUUAUUUAAAUGAUUUAAUUAUUAUUCUUUCAAAAAAACAUGGACAAUUAAAAUCUUCAAUACAAUUUUUUAUACAAGAAGUAAUUAAAAAUUUAAAACAACUUAAUGAAUCAGAUCCCAAGGAAUUAGAAACCAAAAUAAAAUUAAUUGAAACUAUUAGAUUAGUAACUGAUAAAAAAAUAUUUGUUGAAGUUGAAAGAGCAAUAGUUUCAAAAAAUUUAGCAGAAAUUUAUUUAAAUCAGAAAAAUGAUUUAGAUAAAGCAGUUGAAAUAUUAUGUGAUUUACAAGUUGAAACUUAUUCAUUGAUGCCUUUCAGUGAUAAAAUUGAAUAUAUAUUAGAACAAAUUCAAUUAACUUUACAAAAGGGAGAUUAUAAUCAAGCUAAAAUAUUAAGUAGGAAAAUCUUGUUGAAAACUUUAAAAAAUUUUGAAAAGGCAGAUGAGUUUAAAACAACUUAUUUAAAAUAUUUAAUUGAUAUUAAUAUAUUUGAUUAUGAUUAUUUAUCAAUUGUUAAAAAUUUAUUAUUAUUAAUUGAAAUUCCAAUAGUAAAAGAAUCAAAAGAAUUUAAAGAUUAUUUAAUUUCAAUUGUUUAUUAUAUAAUAUUAUCAACUUAUGAUCCUCAUCAAAAUGAUUUAAUUAAUAAAAUAUCAAAAAAUCCUAUUUUUUCAAAAACAAUAGAUUCAAAAAUUUUUAAACUCUUGGAAAUUUUUACAACUGAUGAAUUAAUUCAUUGGUCAAAUAUUGAAUCAUUAUACAAGCAAGAAUUUUCAACCACCUCAAUAUUCAAAGAUGUUAAAAAUUAUGAAAAUUUACAAAAAAGAAUUAUUGAACAUAAUUUAAGAGUUAUAAAUAAAUUUUAUCAAUAUAUGAAAUUAGAUAGAUUAUCAUAUUUAUUACAAUUAUCAACAGAUGAAUCAGAAAAAUAUAUAAGUGAAUUAGUAAAUAAUGGUAUGAUUAAUGCAAAAAUUAAUCGUCCAAAAGGGAUAGUAAAAUUUGAUAAAACUAAAAGAAUUGAAGGUAUGGAUCCAAGAACAAGUGAUAAUCAUAUAAAUGCUGUAUUAAAUGAUUGGUGUUUUGAUGUUGAUAAAUUAUUAGAAGAAAUUGAUUCAAUUGGUCAUUUAAUAAAUAAAGAAGAAAUGAUGUAUGGAAUUAAAAAAGUUAUAUAA